GCGGGGUCCAGGGGAGACGCGCUCGGUGGGCUGUGCACCGGCCCAGCGGCUGAGGCGGGACGGGCAGAGCCGAGCCCCGCACGGGACCUCCUCAUGGCCCAGAGUUUUCAGGAGAAAGUGGCUGCCUCACCUGAUACAAUCYUCAGGAAUGGGCUGAAUAACAGAUACCGUGUGCUGGAAGUCAAUGUAAUACAGAAUAAUGGAAGUGAUCCUGAGAAACACUUGACAAUAACUGCAUCCCCCUCACUUGAAGAGACAGAGCUGUGCAUUCUUAGGGAUGGCUGGGAGUCUGUUCCUGUUGUUCCAGGGGACAUUGUUCAUUUAGAAGGGGAGUGCUGCUCUGGCACCUGGGUCAUAAAUGACCAAUGUGGAUUCCUGGUUCUGUACCCAGACCUGCUGCUUUCUGGCACUACAAUCUCAAACAGCAUUCGCUGUAUGAGAAGGGCAGUGCUGAGUGAACGCUUUAGGAGCUCCGAGUCUGGUUCACACCAAAUGCUCAUUGGUACAAUUCUUCAUGAAAUUUUCCAGCAAUCAGUAACAAAUAACUUGACACAAGAAAAGGUACAAGAACUAGCAAAUAAAAUUGUGUAUGGACAAAAGUAUCUCAAAGAAAUGUAUGUCYUAAAUCUGAAACAAGCACAAAUAAUGCAAGAAGUGGAAGAAUAUUUGCCAUCAUUUUUUAAAUGGGUGGAAGACUUUAUGCACAAUCCAGCAAACCAAAAUAAAAUGCAACUAAAACUGUCAAAUGGUAGAAAAACAGAAGAUGUAUCUUCUAAGAUAGAGAUUGURGAUAUCUUGGACAUUGAAGAGAAUAUCUGGUCUCCCAGGUUUGGGUUGAAGGGAAAGAUUGAUGUUACAGCCAGGGUGAAAAUUCAYUGCCCGUCUGGAGUGCAGUCUCGAAUAAUGCCUUUAGAGCUCAAGUCUGGCAAGGAAUCCAACUCCAUAGAGCACAGAAGUCAGGUUAUUCUGUACACAUUGUUGAAUUUAGAGCGGAGAGUUGAUCCUGAAGCUGGAUUUCUUCUUUAUCUUAAAACUGGUACGAUGUAUCCUGUUUCUGGAACUCACAUGGACCGAAGAGAAUUAAUGAAGUUAAGAAAUCAUGUGGCCUUCUACUUAAUGCACAGUACCUAUAAAGCUGGUGUGGGAAGGCAGCAGUCACAGCUUGCUGCUUUGCCUCCUGUGGUUGAUGACAGUCAAGCAUGUAAAUAUUGCUCCCAACUGCACAACUGCUUUCUAUACAGCAGAGCUGUAGAGCAGAAGAUGGACACUGUGGCCUUUCCUCCUUCUAUGGUACCAGUUAUUGACAGAGAGACCCAGCACUUGAAACCCUCYCACUUGGAGUAUUUCAGCCUUUGGUAUCUGAUGUUAACCUUGGAGCUGCAAAGUGGAGAGCAUAGAAAGGGAUAUAAAAAUAUAUGGAUGAUACCUUCUUUGGAAAGGGAGAAGGCUGGCGAUUGUGUUGGAAACAUGAUUAGAGUUGAUGAAGUGCAUGAAAUUUCUGAGGGACAGUAUUUACAUUUCUUCCAACGAAGAAGCGGUGCCAUACCUGGAAAAAACCUGUUGGUUGGUGAUCGAGUGGUUGUGAGUGGAGAGGAAAAGGGUUUAUUUGGUUUGGCUACUGGCUAUGUUAGAGAAGUCAGUGGAACAAAAGUCUCCUGUUUGUUGGGCAGGAAUUUGUCAAACCUCCCCAAGAGCACCAUAUUUAGGUUGGAUCAUGACGAAGGAGAUGUUGGUGCAGGAGUCCCCUUUGAAAAUCUUUCCAAAUUGAUGAAAGAUUCCCCAGUCAGUGAAAGGCUCCGCAAUUUGAUAAUCGAUUUCCAGAAGCCAUGUUUUAUUCAGCACUUGAGCUCUGUCCUUCCUCCUGAAGCAAAGGAAACUGUUGCAAAUAUUUUAAAGGGUCUAAAUAAGCCUCAGAAACAGGCAAUGAAACAGGUGCUACUUUCAAAAGACUACACACUUAUUGUGGGUAUGCCUGGAACAGGAAAAACAACUACAAUAUGUGCUCUAGUGAGAAUUCUUUCUGCUUGUGGCUUCAGUGUCCUUCUGACCAGUUUUACACACACGGCUGUAGACAAYGUCCUGCUGAAGUUGGCCAAAUUCAAAGUGGGUUUCUUGCGUUUAGGCCGAGCUCAGAAGGUUCAUCCAGAUAUUCGGAAAUACACAGAAGAAGAAAUCUGUAGGUCCAAAUCAAUUAAAUCUGUAACAGAUUUGGAAGAGGUCUAUAACAGUCAGUCAGUGGUAGCAACGUCUUGCUUGGGAGUAAAUCAUCCCAUCUUUGUUCAGAAGCAAUUUGAUUUCUGUAUUGUUGAUGAAGCUUCCCAAAUAAGCCAGCUCAUCUGCCUGGGCCCWCUGUUCUGCUCCAAAAGGUUUGUGCUGGUGGGGGAUCACCAGCAGCUGCCGCCCCUUGUGCUGAAUGCAGAAGCAAGAGAUCUUGGCAUGAGUGAAAGCUUAUUUAAAAGGCUGGAACAAAACCAAAACGCUGUUGUCCAAUUAACUGUGCAAUACAGAAUGAAUAGUAAGAUUAUGUCAUUGAGUAACAUGCUAGUAUAUGAAGGCAAACUGGAAUGUGGCUCAGAGAAGGUGUCAAAUGCCACUGUUAACUUGCCCAACCUAAAGAAAUUGAAACUGGAUCUUGGGGAUGCUUCAAAAACAUGGCUGAAAGAAGUCCUUGAUCCAGACACACCUGUGUGUUUUCUGAACACGGAGAAGGUCCCAGCYCCAGAACAUGCAGAAAAAGGUGGCAUAAGUAAUGUGACAGAAGCUAAAAUAGURCUUUUCCUCACAUCUUUAUUUAUUAAGGCUGGCUGUAAGCCCUCAGACAUUGGCAUUAUAUCACCAUACAGACAUCAGCUAAAAACAAUCACUGAUUUGAUGGCAAAAUGGAAGGAGAACAGAGUGGAAGUCAACACAGUGGACAAAUACCAAGGAAGAGACAAAAGUAUCAUAAUUGUGUCUUUYGUUAGGAACAGUAUUGAUGAAAAUCUGGGCAGCCUCCUGAAGGACUGGCGCCGCCUGAACGUUGCUAUCACAAGAGCCAAGCACAAACUGGUCAUGGUGGGCUGUGUUCCAUCCCUGUGCUGCUAUCCUCCCUUGGAGAAGCUCCUCUGCCAUUUGCAGUCCCAGGCAAUGAUAUCCUUUUUCUSCAUGCUGGUUUAGGAGAGGGGAAAGGUAAGACUGACUUACUSAGAUUUGAGGUAAGAAUGGGAAGAUCUCUGAUUAUUUAGGUUAUACUUUUAACAGUGAUUGGCAACACAGCACAAAAUGUGCUGGUUAAAUUUACCAGCAGUAUACUUAGGAUCAAGCUAAUGGAUGGAUUUAGAACAUUUUCUGUCUUCUGAAGUAGAAAAAAAUAAUGCUGACUUGCAAGUCAACUUUGACAUUUUUUUAUUUUGAGGCCUUAAUUUUGAUUUUUAAUGCUUUUGCAUUUUUUUCCUGCAUUCAUCCUAGUUUUUUGGCAUCUUAAUGUCGGUGUGAUUACUUUCUUCCACUUAACAAAUCUGCCUCAUGAAUAAUCUUGCUGGAAAGGAAAAGAGUGUCACUUUCAGAUGACUUGGUAUUUUUUCUUUCUCUCUGGCAUCUUACUGAGUAAGCUUUAGCUAUUGCUGCUUCCAUCUCCUAUUUAAACAGGAAAGAACCUUGUUAGCUGCUUUCUUUGCAAACACCAAUGCAUAUUCAAACAGGUUUUGUGAAAGUAAUAUGUUGUCAAAAUGCUUCCUUAACUUGUUACAUCUUGAAUCUUCCAGCUGGGGCUCAUGAAAGUAUCCACAAGUGUAACAUCUUAUGAGUGUGAAGAUGGACAGUUUUCCAGGCAUUUGUAUCUUUUUUUCUGCUAUUGCUUGAUGUAAAUAGCAGGUUCUUGGGGUAUCAGUGCUGGUGUGCACUGUUCAGUCUGUAGGAAGCCAAAAGAGGAAACAUUCCAUUAUUUUGGAAGUUUUCUUUGAGUAAAAUAACACACAUUUCUUGAAUAAGCUGAUGGUUACAGUGCUACUAAAGCACCCAGCUUACUUGUGACAAACCAGAAAUAUGAAGCACUCUGUUCUUUCCAGUACUGGAUAUUGCUGUAUUCUCUUUUACCUUGAUGAACAGUUAUCUGCAUAAGUGAGUGGGGAAACAGUUGAAGGGAGUGUAAACCAAUGUUGCAUUGAGUCACAAUUUUCUGGGCUCUGUUUGGUUUUAAAAACUUGAAAAUGUAGUUUACAUACAGUAAUUCCAUUUAUUAGACUUCCUAAUUAAGGUGCUGUUUGGAAAAAAAAAUAGGGAAAAACUUCUUCCUUUUCUUCAAAGCCUUACAAUCUUCUUUGAAAUCUACUCCUGUUUCUAAAAAUGCUGUUUUUUAUAUUUAUAUACAUAAUGUAAUUAAUCUCUCAUGUGAUGAUCUCUUGAUGACAUUUCUUAUCUCCUGAUUUUGCAUACCUCAGGAAGAAAUGYGAUGCUGAUUCAUUCAAUUCCCUGUUAUCAACUAAUGUGUUCAGCAGAUCAAUUAAGUACUAACUACGAAGUGAAAUGCUACGUAGUAGCACUCACUUUUCAGUUUAUCUGAUCUGUAGUCUUCAAAACAAAAAAUUCCCAGGAAGCAAAACUAGAGAUGCAGCUUCCUGACUAAGAUUACAUGCUCAGGUUCUAUUUUGUUAAAGAUGAUGGCAUAUGAACARCAGGAAACAUUAUUUACCUGAGAGAUCUGUGUUUCUUUAUGCUACCUCAUAUUCUAUACCAAAGAGACUGAGAAGUUUCUUUUCACAGUUGCUGGUGGAAAUGUGAAUUGUUUUGAUUCUUCAGAAUCAUUAGCAUUCUCUUUCUCUUGGAUCAAUGUCAAUUAGCUGUGUGCAUAUAGUUGCAGACAAACCUGUUAAAUGUGGCAUUUUCACGCUUUUAAACUGCUCUCUGACUUUUUCUAACGUUUGAAAUAAUAAAAGUUUGUUGUUGGUUUUG